GAAGUGACCAUUGGAUCAACUUAACAAGUGAUCAAAAUUAAUCAGUGAUGAGUGAUCAGUCUUGGUUAGUCUGUGGACGCAAGUAGCACGUCAAAAAUGUCGAAAAGUGUGUCAAAGCAAUUUUAUUUCACAAUUUACGAAUUUUAAAGCGCUAGUCCGCUCGCGAAUCCAUCUUCUCGCGUUCGUGAACUGUGCGUUUUUACAGAGAACAUAUUUUGAAGGAGGAAGAAUAAUUUUCUAACCAUUUGUAAUACACCGCAGACACCAUGAAAGUGUGGGGGGCGCACGGAGAAUUCUGUGCCAGACACCAAUGGGAGGUCAUAGUGGCUACCCUGGCUUUGUUGGCCUGUGCAGCCAGCGUGGAAAGGCAUGGCACGGGGUCCCGCUCAGAGAGAUGCGCAGGAUGGGCCAGGGCUUGCCCAGGGUUGGAAGCGGAGUACCAGGCCGCCGACGCGGUGGUCAUGACCUUCGUCCGUUGUACGGCACUACUGUACGCGUACUACCAAGUUUCAAACCUGCAGAAAAUCGCCUCAAAGUACUUGCUUAUCCUAGCCGGUGUAUUCUCCACAUUCGCAAGUUUCAUCUUCACUUCAGCGCUUGCUAGUUUGUUCUGGAAUGAAUUAGCGAGUAUCAAGGAUGCUCCGUUUUUGUUCUUACUAGUAGCCGAUGUAGCUAGAGGUGCUAGAAUGGCUAAAGCUGGUUGGAGUGCUGGGGAGGAUCAAGAGAAAAGAGUUGGGAAGGCUCUGUCGUUAUUGGGACCGACAGCAACGUUAGAUACACUUCUAGCGGUUUUGCUAGUCGGUGUUGGAGGUUUAUCCGGUGUUCCAAGGUUGGAACAUAUGUGCACAUUCGCUUGCUUAGCAUUAUUAGUGGAUUACCUAGUCUUCGUCACGUUUUACCCGGCUUGCCUAUCAUUAGUAGCAGAUUUUGCAUCUGGGAGAAAAGAAAUGGCUCCAGACAGCCCGUUUUCCGAAGAAGACCUAAAACCGAACCCAGUGGUUCAAAGAGUUAAGAUGAUUAUGGCUGCUGGAUUACUAUGCGUCCAUUUAACAAGUAGGUGGCCUUGGACGAGAGAAAAUGGCAUGAUUGAAGGAUCUCUAACCGAUGAUUUUAAAUCUGGGAAUCAUGAAAAUGUUUUGUUCCACUCCUACGUAAAGUGGUUUUCAGUGAGCGCUGAUUAUAUCGUCAUAGCAACGCUUCUAUGCGCGUUGAUCAUCAAAUUCAUCUUCUUCGAAGAGCAAAGGAAUUGGGUUAUAGAUAUGAACGAUUUGACUGUCAAAGAGGUUGUCAAACAUAGCGGUAACAGUAAAAAGUUGUUUACAGUUGGAGAAGAAGAUUUGAAAGCUGAAACGUCCACGCAAACGGAUCCAUCACUUAAUUUUGAUGAAAAUGAUUGGCCAUCUCUUUCACCAAGCUCUUCGUUUGCUAGAUUGAAUGCUAAGAAACGUCCAAUGGCAGAAUGUUUGGAAAUAUAUCGUUCAGAAGGAAUCUGUACUUCGCUGAGUGACGAAGAAGUUGUCAUGCUUGUUGAACAAUCUCAUAUACCAAUGCAUACUCUCGAAAAUGUGUUAAACGAUCCCUUGAGAGGUGUACGACUGCGCAGAAAAAUCAUAGCCUCGAGAUUUGAAACGGAUUCUGCGGUUAAAAAACUACCAUAUUUAAAUUACGAUUACAGUAAAGUUUUGAAUGCUUGCUGUGAAAAUGUUAUAGGGUAUGUGGGUAUUCCAGUUGGUUAUGCUGGGCCUUUGGUGGUCGAUGGUAAAGCGUACAUGAUUCCUAUGGCCACAACGGAAGGUGCUUUAGUAGCAUCGACGAAUAGGGGAGCAAAAGCGAUCGGAACUAGAGGCGUAACUAGUGUUGUUGAAGAUAUAGGUAUGACUAGAGCGCCAGCAGUGAAAUUACCUAACGUAGUCAGAGCGCAUGAAUGUCGCCAGUGGCUAGACAAUAAGGAUACCUAUGCAUUGAUUAAAGAAGCGUUCGAUUCCACAUCGAGAUUUGCAAAACUCCAAGAAGUCCAUAUAGGUGUUGACGGAGCAACAUUGUAUUUAAGAUUCAGAGCAACCACUGGAGACGCAAUGGGAAUGAACAUGGUAUCCAAAGGCGCUGAAAAUGCUCUAAAACUACUCAAAAACUAUUUCCCUGACAUGGAAGUAAUCAGUCUAUCCGGAAACUACUGCUCUGAUAAGAAAGCAGCUUCCAUUAACUGGGUCAAAGGAAGAGGUAAAAGAGUUGUCUGCGAAACGACAAUUUCGGCUGAGAAUUUGAAGAAGAUAUUUAAAACUGACGCUAAAACUAUGACAAGAUGUAAUAAAAUCAAAAAUCUGUCUGGAUCCGCUUUAGCCGGGUCUAUCGGUGGUAACAACGCGCAUGCAGCUAAUAUGGUCACAGCAAUAUUUAUCGCAACAGGCCAAGAUCCAGCUCAGAAUGUAACGAGCAGCAGUUGCUCAACAAGUAUGGAAAUUUCUGGUGAUAAUAGAGAUGAUUUGUACGUAACUUGUACUAUGCCUUGUUUGGAAGUUGGUACGGUUGGCGGUGGGACCGUUUUGACAGGACAAGGUGCGUGUUUGGAAAUCCUUGGAGUCAAAGGCGCUGGGGAAAGGCCUGGUGAAAAUUCGGCAAGAUUGGCAUCUCUUGUAUGUGCUACGGUGUUAGCUGGGGAACUUAGUCUUAUGGCCGCACUGGUUAAUUCUGACUUGGUGAAAUCUCAUAUGCGUCAUAAUAGAUCGGCAAUCAACGUUCCAGCAUCAGCAAAUGAUAUGACUCUAAAAGUACCCACUUUAUAACAGUUGUUACACCAAAUAGCUGAAAUGAAAUGAGCUUAAGGAAGUUAAUGACUUAAAUUCGACUGUUGAAAUGUCGAUGUAGGCGGUGUUAUAUUCGUUUGGGACAUUAACAUUUUAAACUGAAAAUAGAUACAAGAAAACUGUUUUUUUUUUAUUGAGAUCAAUACUGUUCAGUCUGUCAUUAUGCACAUUUUAAGUAUUUUAUUGAAAUUGAUUUAUUUACUGUGCUCAGAUUUUUUAUCUCGCUAAAAUUUGAUCCUUGCAUGAAACUGAGUCUUAAUUAAAAUAAGUUUGACCAGAAGAAGUUUGAGAAGAAGAGAAGAAAAAACGCUUGACCAGAAUUUGUUCUCAUAAAAAGAAUUUGGUUUUGAUAUUGUGUUCCAAAAAAAUAUAACAUCCUGAACAACCGUAAGCGUGCGUUUCUAGUGGAGCGAAACGGUCACAGUACAAUGACGUCAGAGUAAAAUGGACCUUAAAGUGAGUGAAUUAAAGUUAAUUUCGCAAGGUUUCCUGUUUAUGGAAGAAAUGUUUAAAAUCAAGGCUAUUAACGUCGAUUUUAUAUUAACGCUGAAGUGUUUCGACUCUCGAAUACGAUCAUCGUUGGGAACGAAAUUUUCAGCAGACCAAUCGACUUAUUGAUAGAUGACGUGACAAAAUUAUCUUAAUAUGAUUGAUCGAAGCGCUCCACUCCGCUCCGCUUCAUUUGAAGUGCACUGGAAUCUGCAACUCACUGCCGAUGCUUGAAUGUACAACGUAUGCUUGUAUUACUUGAAUUUCAAGUCAUCUUUACAGUAAUAAGAUCUCUGAACAAUAACCAACGUAUAUCUAAGCUUUUCUUAAUAAAGAAUUAUUACUAAGUUUCAAAAAUUGUACUCGGUUUAAUAUUCUACAUAUAUAUCGAUUUAAUUACGAGGGGUCUCUCCCUCACUCGCUCCAUACAAACGUAGUUCCAAUUUCAUUUGAAUAUUAAGCAACCAAAGUCCAUGAAAUUUUGCAGACAUAUUCUAGAAACUAAUAUGUAUGCCGGUGGUUUUCCAGAUUUCUGU